AUGAGCGGCGACCUUGAAAAGAUUGUUCAUGAAGCAGGUUUGCUUUUUUUCUUUGACAGAUUGGCGCCUUUUCAAAAAGCCAAAAAUUAUGUUUUGAAAAAUUGCUUUCGUAUUAAAUAUAAUUCACAAAGAAAUUGGAUCAAAUUUGCGCAUAGAUGAACCUUUUUAAAUGGUUUGGAAUCAAUAAAUUGAAGAAGAGUGAACCUCGAAAACAAACUGCGCCAUGUAUGUAAACGAUAAUACAUAAAAUAACAAAAUUUCAUAGAUUAUACAGAAUUAAGACACAAUUUCUAGCUCAACAGCAUACGAUUUUUCUAAAGGAGAUUCAGACUUCAUGUGGCUAACGAAUGAGAUGACAACUAUAUUAUCAAUAAAGUUUUUGAUCUGCAGUUAUAAUCACUGUUAAAUCCAGGAACUGCCUACUCCGAAGGUCGCUACGAAGACGCGCAGAUUUUGUACGAGAAGGCGAUUCUCAGUCACCCAACUAAUGGAAUUCUUUACUCUAACUUGUCGGCAAUUCUCUUGAAGCUGAACAACGUGGCAGAUGCGCUGAAACAAGCCGAGCGAGCUGUUCAAAUCAGUCCGACGUGGGCCAAGGCACACUACCGAAAAGGAGAAGCUUUGAAAAAAGUCGGAGAUACAAAGAACGCGCUUGUUUCCUUGUGCAACGGAGCACGAUUGGACCCUUCCAAUUGUCAAAUUCUGAAGUCCCUCUUGGAUUUGGCCCGUUCAGUUUAUGGGGAGUUGUUUCUUUUUUUUUUCCGAAAUAAAUUUUAUUCUGCAAAAACGAUAUUUAAAAUUGAAAGAGUGUUGCUUAUUUUGUUGUUUUUCUGGAAUAUAACUAUGGUCAAAGAAGAAUUAACUUUUUUCGUUGAAAAAAUUAUAAUGGUGUAGUCCGUUUCUCGCGACUUAACGUUUUUCGAAUGUCUGCGUCUCUCUGCUCACUCACCGAUGAGAUCAAAGAAACAUAAGAACAGAACGUCAAAAUGAGAAAGACGAGGAGGACGCGGAGGACGCCGAGACAUGAAACAGUUUCAAGUCGCGAAAAAGACGUAUAUUAUUGUACUAGUUGCAAAAAAAUUUUCGUACAUAAAAUAAUUACUGGACUACAACCUCCCAUAUUUUCAAUCUCAUAUUUCAUCUUGUUUUCCUUCAAUAUUUUCUUUUCCAGAAGAUUUCCCAUUCAAUCAGCUGAAGUCGCUGGACCUGGAGGUUGACCGGUCGACGGUGCUUUCGACUGUGGGACAAUCGAUGAUCCAUCGAGGGGAUUUCCAUGGUUUGAGAGGUGUUCGAUUUGGCUUCUGAAAUGGCUACACAGAAGCGAUAACUGUCCUUGGCUGGGCGGAGGGACUGGAGCCGCGCUCUCUGAAACUACGGGAAUCGACGUUGAGCUCUCUGGCGGCGGCUCAUUGUCAUUGUGGCAACUACGCGCGUGCUGUCGACUACUAUGAGCAACAGCUUGAGCUCUGCCAGGAACUCGGUGAGUUCAUUCUGCUCGGUUUUUUUUUCUGAACAGUUUUGUUUUGGGUGGAAAUUCGGACGCCACAAGGGAAAAUAUCGCGAUUGCCGCUGAAUUGUGGGGCAAUUUCCAUCUGGCUUGUUUGCAGAGAUCGCACCGUUUAAGCUCGAACGUAGGCUCAAUCUUCAAGAAAGAAAUGCGACAGGUUUCGACAGGUGUUGAGCGCACGAGAAAAGCUGGAUGAAAAAAUGAAGAUUGCGGAGAAUUAUUUGAAUCUGAAGCAGUUCGAAGAAGCUAUCCUUCUUCUGGACGAAUGCCAGUCGCCCGUUUGCGACGUCGAAGACGUCAAAAAUAUCCAACGAAUCCGCGGAAUCGCGAACGCUGAAAUGGUUGGGCUGCUUUUUGAACCAAAUCGUCUUUUUUGGUAGGGAAGGCACGAAAUCGCCAGAGAGCUGCUUUUGCCUCUGUUGUCGGGUCCGCCGAAGGAAUCUGAAGUCGUCAUAAGAAUUCGGAUCAUAGACGCCGUUAACCAAACUUUUGUCGCUGAGAAAGACCUGAACUCGUCGAUUGAGUUCCUCAAUUCUUCAUUGUGUGCUGCGACCAAGUACAACAAACCUUGUCUGGUAUUUUGGCGUUUUUUUUUUUGAAUUCAAUGUUUUUAGUUUCUCCAUUGCUGUUAUUUGCUUUGUCAAUCUCAAAUUGUCGCUGGAAACCUGCCAAUCGCUUUGAAACUGGCUAAACGGAUAUUGAAAUUUUCGAGGUGAAACUUUUUUUAUUCGUAAACAUAAAUUUUUGUAGGGGCAACAAAGAAAACUCUUAUGAAGGUGACGCCUACAGACUUCUCGCUAUGAUAUAUGAGAAUCAGAGAGACAUCACUUCGGCGAUUGUUCUUUGGAAAAGAUUCAUUUCAGUCGUGGAUAAAGCGGAAAAGAAAAAGAUUGAAGUGCCUUUGGUAGAAAUUAUUCGCAUUCUGAAGAUUUUUCUCAGGCUCUAUUGUCUCUCGCUCGUUUGAGUGAAGACGAGUCCAAUCCGGAAUGUCCAGAAAUCUUUUUGAAAGAAGCAGUACGGCUAGCAGAGAGGUACUGUUGCUGGAGGCUUUUCUUCUACAUCAGUCUCAAAAAAAAAAACUGAAAAUUUGCCAAAUAAUCCUCUAUGUCGAAUAGAUAAUUUCAUGAAAAGGAAAAACAAAGUAGGGAUUGUUGGAAGUUGAGAACACCAGAGUGUUGCAUUAGUACACCAAAUAAUCAAAUAAAAAAAAGUGAUCAAAUUCAUCCGAUUCUAGAGUUUCGACCGAAUUAUUCCUCUCUUUAGGCUGUAGUUUGCGUGUUUCAGAUCUUGCGACGUGACUCUGCGAGUUCCGUGCCUCUCGGCUCGUUUCAAGUGGAGUUUGCAAGUCGGCAAGCAGUCCACUGCCUCCGAAGACAUUGAGAAAAUGAAAGCGCUUCUCGAAAAUGACUUGGGUAUCAAAAAAGAAAUGUUAACAGAACUGAAGGGAACUGUCAGAUUCCAAUCUGCGUUCCCUGAUUUUUGAAGACGUCGCGUUGUGGGACAAGCAACAAGGAACGAGUCUCGACAUAAUUCAUCCGUUGGAACAGAGUUUAACGGAGGUUCAUUAACUUUUCUGACCUUCUCGCGAGAAAACGAAUGAACUUUCAAGGCGCAAGACGGCAACGACAGCAAACGAGAGAUGCAAAUGCUUGGGCAGUUGGGCGACGCUCUGUUUGAACUAGGAAAACACAGGUCUGUACGAAUCACUUUUUUGAAAAUGAAUUUUAGGCAAGCGGAAGGAUACUUCAAACAGCAAUUGGAAGUUGCCAGGCAGUUGCGCAGUGCUCGCGCCAUGGCUGACUCUCACAGAAACCUCGCCAGGUUUUUUCGUAAGUCAAUUUCCUAAAUGUUUUGUUCCGCAGAGCAAAUUUGGCCCUCUGCAAGUACGCCGAUGCGGCUGAACACUCUCGGAGCGGCCUCACUCUGUUCAAAAUGAUCCGUGACAACGAAGGUCGCAUCGAAAUGCUCAUGCUUCUAUCCAGAACAGAGAACAAAAGAGACAACUUGGACGUGGCGAUGACGGCCUUAGAGAAGGCUAUCAGUCUUGCCGAGGAGUGCGACUCCAACCGAUUCCUGGCCACCGGAUAUCGUUUGAUUGCUGACGUCUACUCGAAAAACAGCCAAGAUGAGGAGAUGGUUGGUUUUCGAAGAAUCUUAGGAUUUUUUAGCCGCUCCAGGUGAUGGAGAGCGUGAGGAGACAUAUUUCGCUGUUCGAAUACGAGGAAAACGUCUUGGACAAGUGCCGUUCUCUGCUCGACUUGUGCCGAUACGAGCUGCGACGUCCGCGGUCUUUCGGUCUUCUCAGGAUUUUCUUAAUACUGCGGCCACUCCUGGAGAAACUGCCUCCAAACGAAAGGGUAUGGAAAUAUUGGAAUCUUUCUGAUAAUCAUGUUUUUCAGUACACUCUCCUACUGGACGCUUCCUUGUUGUUUUCAAGUUCUUCUGUUGACAUGUCGAUUUGGCUGAUUCAAAGGGCGAUUUUCGACUUGUCUGAAGACAAGGAUAAAGAGAAAAUAGUUCUACUGUUGAACCAAGUUCAAUUGCUGCCCACAUUCGUUUCUUGUAUCGCUCUGCUGACAGCUGUGCAGCUGCUGGACCUUCCAGAGCUGGAUAUCGACCUCUCUUGUUUCGCGAACGGUUGCAGUGAAUCUAAACUGGCGCAGCUGAUCAUAUCUUGUCGCCUUCAAAACUGGCAAAAAGUCUCAGUCAUUCUAGAAUAUUGGGAAGAUUUCCCUGUGGUUCCUAUGCGAUUAAUGUCUACGGACAGCAGUGUUUUUGUGCGCAAAGUUAAAGUUAGAACAAACUGGAGCUUCAGGAAGCAAAUAGAUUUGACAAAUCUUCCACCCAAAGGUACUGAAACUCUCAGAAACAUAGAUGAAUGAUUUACUCAGAAAGACAGCAAGCUUUGUCCAUGUUCUUUGACGAAUUUCCAAGUUUGCUCGGCACAAAUCACCAAUCUAUGCUCGCUGACCAUUUCGACAUGUUCGAUAAAAGUCACACCUUGCUGGAAAAAAUAAUUUGCGCUUCGUUUCUUGAAGAGUGUGACUGUUUAGCGAUGUGGUACUCGGUUUGUUUUUUCUUUCAGUUUGUAGAUUUCGAAACGACUUUUCAGGAGAUGCUACGAGAGUUUGAAAGAACUUCUUUGUCAAUGGUCAGCGAUCCGAUUCCUCCUUCGGAUGUCGAGUGGAAGACGAAAAUGGCUACAGCUUUUGUAGCUCUGACAAUGCGAGAUCCACUACAGCAAAUUUCUACUCUGGGUUAGCUCCAGCUCCGUUUCUCACAUUUUUGUAUAAUAUUUAGAAAACUUCCACUUAAAAUCAAUUGGCCGGGUUUCAACCUUUUCUGGGAGAGGGACUCUGAAGUCUCAAGUUGAUGGAAACCUUUUGAAUAACUUUAUCUAUGCUUUCGAUCCGGGUUUCUGCUUCGAAAUUUUUUGGGUUUUCGAAGAAAGUACGUUUGAAUCUCUGCUUCAUUCAUUAACUUUCUUCAUUUAGUAGCCAAGACUCCGCGCAUAUUGUGGAAGAAGAACGAUCUGAGAAUGAACAUUUUCGACCAUUUUUUGUGGAAGUUAUUAGAAAAAAAUGGCUUCAAAGAGUUAAAAAGGGAGCCGUCAAUAUUGUCCACAAAUAUUCUCAUAUCCACUUUCGACGCCCCUUUCAUCCGAAGUGAUACCCACUUCUACCUGAUAAACGAUAUGAGGUACCUUAUCGCUCUAGAACAAUAAUCUAUUUGUUAGUGUUGUCAAACCAACGGCAAAAACUAUCGACGUCAUCAAUCUCUCGUCUGAGCUUGAUCCUCAGUGCCACAACGUCCAGGCCUUCAGCCGCAGUCCGCUUCUCAACGUCUGGAAAAUGGCCGAUUCUAACAUCGCUAUAAUCGAUGCGAAACAUUUCGACGUCCCUGCCGUAGCCUUGCUCCAUGAGGCAGCCGCUUCCAAUUACAUCGUGGUUAAAAACGGUAAGAAGGAGUCCAAAACGAUCAAGAAAAAAAAAAUCCUCAGGCCCCAUUUCGCAGCAGUAUCGCAUGUAUUUCUUUCUGAUGGGGACGAGAGCCAUUUUCGAGGUGGUUGACUCAUCGACUGACCUGGAGACCAUCAUGGAAGAUGUGAGAUUCGCUUUCAAUACGAAAAAAAGUAUUUCUGCAGGGAUUCACAGGCUCUGAAGUUUCGUUCGAAAUACUGGCAAAGCUCGGGGUCACAGUCAUUUAUUCAUCUCUCGAUUCCCAAUCGAAAUCAACGGCUGUCCUCAAAAACCAAUAUUUUUCAACACUUCGAAAGAACCUUUUUGAAAUUUUCACGAAAGAUGACUUCGAAUCAUGUGGAGAUCUCAUUUCUUUUUCAAAAGGUCACUCUUCGGUUUUUAUCUGACUUUAACAAUUCCUUUCCUUUCAAGACGUUCCUCGAGAAAUUGCGUUGAGCGUUCUAAAAAUGAGUUCAUGUCCCACAAAAAUCAUCGAAAAGACGUGGCGAAUGUCCAAAAAACACAGCGAUAGCAUCAAUGAGGAAUAUUUCGAUGAAGAAGUUGCGAAUCUCUUGCGAGGGAAUCCGACGGCCUCAAGGUUCUACGAAACUUUGUUUUCGGGUAAUUCAAACAGAUUGAGAAGAUGAUCAACUGUUUUUUCACAGAUCAUAUCUACGACUAUCAAAGAUAUAUAUCCCGCAAGUCGAGUUUGAAAGAACACGAACACAAUUUGAGCGUUGGAGUGAAUCCACGCGAUAGACCACAAGUCAUGAGAAUCGAGUCGCGACAAUCUUGCUCUGGGUAA